UCCAGUAUGCCUCCUGUGCCACAUGAUCUGAUGAAAAGUGCUGCCUCCUCAGCAGGAUUUACUUCUGACUGUAUUCCCAUGGCUGCGGUGUGUGGCCUUGCUGGCCUGAUUGUUGGUGUUCUAGUAGUCCUUGCUGUAUUGUGUAUAUGUAAACACUUACCAACAGAUGACUCAGCAGGACCCCAGUCUCCCCCUGACUGUGCCCCUCCCUGUCCCAGUGAAAAAGAAGGCGAGAAAGCAGAGUUGGUGAAGAGAAACGCACAGCUUCAAAAGGAGUCGCUGAAGACAGAGGAAGACGUGGUCAGCACACUGAUGGAGUUGAAGACUGAACUGGAGAACCAGAGGGGUCGACUCAAAGAGCUCCUGGAGGAGGUGGAGGGGGAGCGGGAAGUAAACAAGCAGAAUCUCCAGGCUGUGGAGAAGGAAAUAACAGAGCGAGAGGCGACGUUUGACAAACCGGAGGAACUACUAAGAGAAAAAGAAGACCUACUGCGAGCCCAGUGGAAACUGGACCAGACAAAGAGAGAUAAUGAGAGACAGCUGCUCAACACAGAGAGACUGCUGGAGGCAAUAGAGAUCCAGGUUAAUAAAGUACACCGAAAGAAGUAGCCUUUGGGUAAAGUACUCUGAGGGAAAAAAAAGUCAAUAUACUGUAUAUAACUUAAAGCCACCAAAAGUCUAAAAGAUAAACUUAAUUAUUACUAUAGUAUGUCAGGGAACGGCCCUAAAUAUUAAACUACAGAUGAAUUGAUUCAUGCUCCAUUGCUUACUCGAGAUAUCGGACGAGAAUACCUUUAUAUGUUUAACUAUUUUAAAAUGCUUGAUUUCUUACAUGAUAUUACCAUGUAAGAAAAUCAGUUUUAGCUUAUCUUUUUUUACUUUUUUAAAGGAUCUACAAAUAUGUGUACAUUUUCUAUAUGAAAUGCUUUUUGCAAUGAAUGUGUGCUGCUUUUGUUUAUGUAUCACUUGGAUCUGUGGUCAGUUUAUUUAGUGUGCAGCAGAGAGUAAGAAAUGCGUGGACAUUUUGUACAAGCCUUCAUCUCCUGAAUGAAAAACAAAUUCCAAUCAACAUGAAAUGGUGAAGGGUGCUAAAGGAAGCAGACGCACAGCUCCAGUUUACAGUUCGGAGACUGGCCUAAGAUUAAAUAUUAACCAGUCAGUGCUGUUCACUCUAAUAUAAAAACCAGCAGCCUGCAACUCCUGACAUCUAUUGUGAUGUUGUUUGCAUUGUAUUAUAUUUGUUUUCUACAUAAUUGUAAAUGCUGAACUUAAAUUAUUUCCUACAGCUGUGGAAGACCUUUUACAGUCUACUUAAGGAUCAAAGCAUGAAAGCCAAAAGGUCAUUACAAGUGCCAUUAUUACACCUCGGAACUGGCUUCAAUGCAAAACUACCGAUGAAUUCAUGUAUGCAUGCUUGGACUAAACUAAAAUAAUUAAGUGUAGCUUGAAAUUGUAUGAAACAGUGUACAAUAUUAAAAGGGGUGUAUUAUCACUAGGUGCAGCUGAAGUUCAUGUAUGAUAGAUUUUAUAAAAUCAACUAGAUAUAACUGAUUGUAUGCAGACAAAAAUGUGUAUGGGGAUAAGAUUUUUAAUAACACAUAUGGGUGUUUAUAUAAGGUUUCAGAGAUAAACCGUAUGAACUGAGCUUCUUUGUGAUUUGAUUUGUUUGGCAUUUAGUAUUGUCACUGUUUUUUGUUUGGAAAAUAGCUGAU